AUGCCUAGACCGUCUCCGCCGUUAAUGGCGGCUCAUCUUCGGAUCCUACUCCGCCGUCGGUACUUCUCUUCAUCACUUCCACCGCCGCCGCCGACGCCACCACUGCGAUCAAUCCACCAUUUUCUCCACCCCCAUAAACCCUCACUCUCUAAACCCUACUCUCUUUUUACACCAUUUCCCCCGUUCUCUAAAUUCUUCUCUUCCCAAACCCAAAUCGAAACCCCACCUGAAGAUUCACAAGACAUUGCACAAUCUCUCUCGUAUGAGCUCCUCAAAGACCCAAAUGAGCAAUCUCUCCCUCUCCCUCAUCGCCUUGACCUAAGCUUCUCUCAUAUCACUCUCACCUCUAAUAUUAUUCUCACUGCACUCAAUCUCUCCCCGGAAUCGGGACGCACAGCACUCGAUUUCCAUAAAUGGGUAUCCACAAGAACUGACUUUAAGCUAACUGACGAAACUUUGGCUUAUUUCAUCGAUUACUUUGGUCGGCGUAAGGAUUUCAAGGCAACCCACGAACUUCUUGUAGCCAGCAAAGGUAUUUCGGGUGUUAAGACAUUUGAAUCAUCCAUAGAUCGUUUGGUUAGAGCUGGUCGACCGACGCAGGCGGUUGCAUUUUUUGAUAAGAUGGAGAGUGAUUACGCCUUCGUGAGGAAUAUGGAUUCGCUGAAAUUCAUCGUGUCUAAGUUAUGUGAACAUGGGUUUGCUAGUUACGCUGAGAAAAUGGUUACAAAUGUCGCUAAUGAGUUUUUCCCAGAUGAAUUCAUCUGUGAUACUUUGAUUAAAGGUUGGUGUGUUGAUGGGAAGCUUGAUGAAGCUCGGAGGUUAUCACAAGAGAUGUAUAGAGGAGGGUUUGAAAUCGGUCCAGUGUCAUAUAACGCCAUUCUUGAUUGUGUGUGUAAGCUUUGUAGGAAGAAAGAUCCCUUUCGGUUACAAUUCGAAGCAGAAAAAGUAUUGAUCGAUAUGGAUGUGGCUGGUGUUCCAAGAAACGUGGAAACUUUCAACAUCUUGAUUAAUAAUCUUUGCAAAAUUCGUAAGACUGAAGAAGCAAUGAAUUUGUUUGAUCGAAUGGGUGAAUGGGGGUGUCAUCCAAAUGAGAAAACAUUUCUUGUUCUAAUCAAGAGUUUGUAUCAAGCUGCAAGAACAGGAGAGGGUGAUGAGAUGAUGGAUAAGAUGAAAUCUGCUGGAUUUGGUGACGCACUCAAUAAGAAAGCUUACUAUGAGUUUCUCAAGAUUCUGUGUGGAAUUGAGAGGAUUGACCAUGCGUUGACUGUUUUUGCAAAGAUGAAGAAAGAUGGUUGUGAACCUGGGAUCAAGACUUAUGAUCUAUUGAUGGGGAAGCUUUGUGCUCAUGGGCGUGUUGAAAAGGCGAAUGUUCUUUUUAAAGAAGCUGAAAGAAAGGGUGUAGGAGUUGUAGUGAAAGCUUAUAAAUUGGAUCCAAGGUUUAUGAAGAAACCAAAAAUGGUGAAGGAGAAGAAGCGGGAGACAUUACCAGAAAAGAUGGCUAGGAAGAGGAGACGGCUUAAGCAGAUCAGGUUGAGUUUUGUGAAGAAGCCAAAGAAAGCUCAAAGGCGAGCUUAUUGA